AUGGAAUAUGAAGGAGAAACAUUUCAUUUGACAGAGUACCAAAUAAAUAAAACGAUUAAGGCUUUCAAAUAUUUAGAUAAAAAAAAAAAGGGACUCUUGAAAUUUGAGUAUGAAUAUAAAUAUAAUAAAAAUACCAAACCCAAUUUAAGUUUAUUAGGGAAGUUGCUGAGAUGUAGUGGAUAUAAUGUGUCUUUACAAGAAAUCGAUAAAAUAAAGAUGAUCUUAAAAGAUAAUAAAAUAAAAGAAAAAAAUAUAGAAACAAAUGAAAAGAGAGAAGAUGAAAUAAUAAUAAAUGAAAACAACGAAAUUUUAGAUAAUGAUAUGAUAAAUAGCCAAAUGAAAGAUACAAAUGAAAAUGAUGAAAGUAAUAACAUAUCUAAGCUAUUAAAUAAUUUAAAAAAUUAUGAUAAUUUUAUGGAAUUAGAAAAACAAAGAGAAGAAUUAAAAAGAAAAGAAGAAGAAAAAAAAAACUUAUUUAGUAUAAAAGAAUUUUUUAGAAUUAUACAAAUUCCAAAUAUAACCAAUGAAAUAAAACCAGCGAGUGUAUUAAAUGCUUUUGAAAUAUUUGAUGAAAAAGGUGAUGGAAAAAUAUCUAUCAAAAAAUUAAGAUUUAUUCUUCAAUAUUUAGGAGAGCCAUUAAGUAAUUCAGAGUUUGAUGAAUUUUUUGAAUGGCUUAAAACAAAAGAAAAAGUAUAUAAGACUGAUUAUAUAAUAUACGACGACCUGCUAAAUGAACUAAUAAAUAAAGACACAAUUAUAUAA